AUGCGCUUUUCGGCACUCAUUCUGUUUCCGGCGUCAUUGUUAGGAUUAUCGCUGGCGAAACCGGAGCAGAUUCGUGGAGUUCGGGACCCCAUCUACCAUCUCUACCUGCAGGCUCAUCCGACCAAUGAAUCACUCGCCGUCCUGGGGCCAGAGGCCACGAGCGAGCGUUUCGACAUCUCGGGCACUAUCAGGUCCGUCAAUACGACCAUGUACCUCAACGUGGGCCGCGAGAGCACCUCUUACAAGUCGCUCUCGUUCGGGACCACGGCCUCGACGGACUCUUGGGGCCUGGAGGGCGAUACUAUCAUGACCAGACCCGGUAGUGCGUUAGGGAGAAACUUGAAUUUUGUCGUGUGUCGACUCGAAGGCAGCUUCUGGCAGCUCUGGCUGCAGACGGGAAGCGACAUGCCGAAUGGCAACAGCUGCAGCAACUACCAGACUAUCCAUCUGCCAUGUCUUUGCUGA